AUGACAGAGAUCAAGCGGCCGGUGGGCCUACUGUUUGACAUUGGAGGCGUGUGUGUUGUAUCUCCAUUCCAGGCUAUUCUUGACUAUGAAAUUUCCCAAAACAUACCACCAGGAUGGGUCAAUUUCAGUAUCUCGAGAACGGCGCCGAAUGGUAGCUGGCACAAGCUCGAACGGGGCGACAUCAAGAUGGACGCCGAUUUCUUUGCGGGGUUCAAUGCAGACCUAAGAAGCCCUGAACUAUGGACACAAUUCCACCAACAACUUCAAAAGAAGCAAGGCACAGAUAGUUCCACCAUCCCUCCACUGCCGACGGUGGAUGCAGAAUGGUUAUUCUGGGAGAUGAUGCGGAUAUCUCGUACACCAGACCGAUAUAUGUACCCAGCUCUGAAGAAAUUGAAAGAGUCGGGACAGUUCCUGAUGGGCGCUCUAUCCAACACUGUUAUAUUCCCCGACGGACAUGAAUACAAUAAUGCAUCCGAUGUCAAGAAGCAAUUCGAUUUCUUUAUCUCAUCUGCGCACACAGGCCUCCGCAAACCUGACCCGAAAAUCUACCAGGUGGCGUUACAGGAGAUGGACACUUUAGCUAAGAGGCGAGGACUGGCCGGAUCUAAUCCCGACGAUGUUGUGUUCUUCGAUGAUAUUGGCGAGAACUUGAAGGGGGCGAAGAAAGCCGGCAUGCGUACGGUCAAAGUAACACUUGGAAAGACCCAAGAUGCGGUCAGGGAACUAGAGAAGAUCACAGGCCUUCAGUUGCUGGACGAGGACAAGGCCCGAUUGUGA